AUGAGGAUACUUUACGAUAAGAAAAAUCAGCUAGCUAUGGCCGGUGAUAUACAGACAGAAAGAACUAUAGAUACUAUCAGGGGUCACAUUGAUGCAAUCUCAAGCUUCCUACAAUGUUACAUCCCACUUGCUAACACACACACCACUGACUUCAUCAUUAACAAAACAUGGGAUAAGAUGGUGCCUGUUAACAUUGCAGAUGAAUUACUUAGCAUUAGUUCUACUGCCUUUAUUGAGCUCUUAUGUGAUUGUGGGACUGAAACUUCCUCAUCACCUAUAGCACCAUUUACAAAGCCUGCAGAGGAGUGUAUCAGAGAUUCAGUUGCCAGGAAGCUUAGCAAAAAUGAACAACCAAAAUGGGUCCAUAGCAACCUAAAGUCAUUUCUGCAAACCCUGCAAGGUUUAACUCUCCCUCGUCUCAAUGUACUGACAGACAUUGAGGAGCUCACUGAAUAUUUAGCUGAAGAUCAGAAACAGGAUAUUUUCAUUAGGAACUUUAUGUCAGCGAAGAAAAGUCAUGAAGUUGAACUGAUGGCCAAUCUCUGUUCAUUACUGGCAUCACAUGUUGGCACUGAUAAGGUUAUUGACAUUGGCAGUGGAAAAGGCUACCUCAGUGCUCAGCUUUCCCUGAUGUACAAUCUCCAUGUUCUUGGUAUAGACUCCUCUACAGGCAACACACAUGGUGCAAAUGAUAGGGCAGGGAAAUUAUCUAAAUACUGGAAUGGACUAGUGAGAAAUGCAACAGAGGAUGCAACACUAAAUGGCAAACCGGUAAAGCGUGGAAAGAAAUAUAAGAAGCGAUUAAAAAAACAAAGGGAAUUUGAUGCCACAGUGGAUAAAGCAGGCCAGACAGAUGACUUUGAUAUCACAAAUAAAAUUAAUACAUCUUGUGCAAUAACUGAUGAGAGUAACAAACCUUUGAGAACUGAAAAUUAUUUACUUGAACAUCAAACUGAUGUACAAGAUCAAGGGGAAAGUAUGGCACAAAGCUAUAAAGAUAAACCAGAUAAAUCCCAUAAGGAAGUGUAUGAUAAAGCCAAAACUAAUAUUGCUAGAGCAAAGGAGAACAGAACUACAUUUAUACCUCUCACUAUGUGGAUAGAUACUGACACUGAUUUAGAACAGUUGGUUAUGGAUCACCUCAGUACUAAAGAGGAUAACUCUACAGCUAUACAAUCUGGUAGCCCUCACUUCAAAAAUGAUAAUGCAUUUGAUGAUAUUUCUAACUGUGUUUCCCCUAAUGUUAAAACUGCCAGCAGUGCUGCCAAUGAUGACAUUCCACAUGCUGCCAGUGAUGAUUUACAUGCUUACACUAAUAGUAUGCCACACUCUACCAGUAUUGAUAUACCCCAUGCUGCCGAUAAUGAUAUACCUCUAGUUGCAAUUAAUGGUUUCCCACUCACAGCCAUUAAUAGUGUUCAACACGCUCCUACAAAAACUGCCUCCAAUGCUUCUUUAUCCUACCAUAUCCCACAGUCUUCCAUUAAUGAUAUCCAACACGCUGCCACCGAUGUAGCGCUAACUGGACUACAUACAUGCGGUAACCUAGCAACAAGCAUGUUGAAGCUGUUUGUGGCCAAUCAGAGCGCACGGACUGUCUGCAAUGUAGGAUGUUGUUACCAUCAUUUAGAUGAGCAGUUUGUUAUCAGCCCAUUUAGUAAAGAUGGUGAGACACACGACCCUUCUAAAGCUGGCUUUCCAAUGAGUGCCUUUCUACGGGAACAAUGUAUUAGACUGGGAAGAAAUGCAAGGAUGACUGCAUGUCAAGCCAUUGAUAGAAUCUCAGCAGAACAAAAGACUCCACAGAAGUCCUUAUUCUGGAGAGCACUACUGCAAGUGAUUCUUAGCGACCUAACAGCUGAGAAACGAGAUGAUUGGCAUGUUGGGAAAGUUGCCUCCAAGUGCAGUGAUUUCUCAGAAUAUGUUAUUAAAUCCUGUAAAAAGCUGGGAAUUGACUCAACAAAGUUAACCCCAACUGCAAUAGAAGGCUAUGUGAACAAAUACAAAGACCAAGAGGCCAAACUGAACUCAUUCUUCCUUCUCAAAGCUGCCCUAGGCCCUGUCAUAGAGGGAUAUAUACUAUUAGAUAGACUGCUAUAUUUGAUGGAACACAAAAUCAAUGUGGUACAUUUAGUGCAAUUGUUUGACCCGGUCACAUCUCCAAGAUGCUAUGCUAUUAUUGGAAUCAAAGACAAAAGGACAUGAUAAUAAAAAUGUGAUAAUAAAUACAUGAUAGUAAAUCAUAGUUAUAUGUAUUAAAAACAUGAUAAUAAAA